AUGAAAGAUGGAAUGAAAUUAUUAUGCCUGCUGUUGAAGUCAUCGGAAAAAGCGGCGAAUAUCGCACGAGUUUGCAGGCAAAAUGACUCAUUGUUUCGAUUGUUAAUUCAGGAGAAAAAUGACGAUGAAAAGAAUCCGAGUAACACGCUCGAUAAAACUGUUAUCGUAAAAGUCUGUUCUACGUCUGAGGAAACAACAAAACUGCUAUCGCAAGUAUUGGAUGACGAUGUUAAGACAGCUGGAGUACUUGCCAUGGAAAUCCAUCGGGAUAUCGAAUUGUCUGAAAUAAACCCCGCUGUUGAUUAUAAUUAUCUUGAAAAUUAUGACGUUGAUCUUGAUAUAACAGACUUGGGAAUUUGGAUCGAUCCUAUCGAUUCAACGGCUGAUUACAUUAAUGCCAAUACGAUUAUUGAUGAGGCAACGGACCUGCAUUUGAGCGGGUUAAAGUGGCAAGGAAACUGUUACUGGGGACUUUAUUCCGGUGGCAAGAGUCAAUCUUCCUUGACAAGCUCGUUAAAUCAAAACAACAUAGUAGUAUUGAGCCGCUACGAGGACCCAAUUAUAAAAUCAAAAUUGAGCAAUUGCGGAUUCAGAUUAAUUGAAGUUACGGGUGCUGGUUACAAAAUAUUGACAGUUGCGACAGGUCAAGCCGAUGCGUAUGUUCUUUCGAAAAGCUCAACUUAUAAGUGGGACACGUGUGGACCUCACGCUAUUAUACGUUCUCUGGGCGGAAAUAUUAUCGAUUUCAAAAAGUUUUCAACAAAUCACGAUGAAGAUCCCUCGGAGUUUGCGAUUAAGUACAACGACGGUGAUGAAGCUAAACAUUCAAACGCUGGAGGGUUGAUUGUGUAUCGAAACUCGGAAACUUUACAACUUUUGCAAAAGUCCUUGGUUUUAUCAACAAAACUGUAA